AUGGAGGUUCGCUGGGAAGAGGACGAGGUCUCGGGAGCGCUGGUGCGCAAACUGCUGGCCGCUGGUGACGAUUAUUCCUCAUGGGAGACGCGCGCAUUCCUGCGACCGAUUUUCCGCUGGAUGAAAAGCGGGUUGCACAAGGACGGGAGCCGUGAGGAUGAAGCUAUCGAGCGGGCCUUCGCAUACGUCGAUUGGUUGGUGCUACUGGCUACAGAAGGCGACGUCUCUCGUAACAUUCCGAAGCUGCCAAUGCUGCAACCGAGCUACGCACUCAACACGAUCGUGACAGCCAGUCAACGGGCUGGCAGUGUGAAGGAAGCCCAGCGAGCCUUCGACCUGCUAGAAGUGCAUGGCUACCAACCCGAUGUGUUCACGUAUACGGCGCUGAUCGACGUCAUUGCACGCAACGGAGACUUGCCUGCUGCACUUGAAAAAUACGAGGAAAUGCGGCUGUCAACGUCCAAGCCGAACGUGGUGACAUACACGACAUUGAUUCGUGCCGUUGGACUGGGGAACAAAGUUGGAGCGGAGCAGUGUCUGGUGUGUCUGACUCAUGCUCGAGAAGACGGAGCUUUUGAUGAGGCUCUGUUCCUGGAGGCGCUGGAGACUUGUGCGCGAAGGAAAGAUCGCAUCGUGGCUACGCGCGUGCUAAAGGAGAUUGCAACACAUUCACCAAAGCUCCGAAUGGACGACAGGUUCUUCCAUACAGUUGGUCAGACUGCCAAGUUACUGGACUACGACGGCUUAAACCCAGUUCUCGAUGAAUGGGUUCAAAGUGGCGUAUUGACGUCGGACGAACGAGAUCGAGUCGUGAACUUGCAGUCUGAAGAAGGGACGUCCACUGCUGAUGGCACCAAGACGCUUGGGUGUCUAGGGCAUCAGACCUCACAAUCAGUUCGAAAAGCAGUGGUCCACCACGACAUCAACCGCCUCAUUGCGCGCAUUCAGAGUGGAUCCAUCGUGACCGUAAAUGAUUUCGAGACAUUAAUCCAUCAGUGCAGGAAGCGGAAGUGGAAAGAGGAUGUAUCGGUAAUUGUCGAGGCGAUGCGUGAUCUCGCCGCGAAAGGGUGGCAGCCAGUCAAUGAGGACGACGGCGAAGCGAUCCCACCUCAACCUCAUCUUCAGCCUACCUCUAAGACGUUCGUUUCCAUCGUCGAUGCGUACAUGUGCUGUGGUGACGAGCCUCUGGCGUGGCAAAUAGUCCAAGAAAUCGAGAAUCUACCGGAGAUCUCACGUGAAUUGCCGCUGUACCGCAAAUUCGUUCGUGGGGCCUAUUUGCUGACAAACUGUGACCAUAUCUCCGAGUUGGUCGCUCUAGCUCAUGAAGACAAGAUCGUCUUUACACAACGGAUGGGAGUCGAAGUUGCUCGCAUGUAUGGAUAUCGUCAUGUGGAGGGCUUUAACAUCUUGACGCACAAGCUUCCUGUUGGCGAGUCUGGCGAAAAGACUAAACGACAGAGUUUUUUGGAAGAAUUGGUGAAAUCGUGCGCGUACAAGAACAACUCGAUCGGAGCAGAGGAGACACUUCGAGCUAUGUUGAAACACGGGUAUCAACGCUCCGCUACGACUGAAAUUGCUCUGUUCAUGUGCUGCAUUCAGCAUGACACGGUGGCAGAGGCGCAGACGAAACUGCAGCAUUUUCAACAAGCGUCGCUUAUGAUGCCUGUGCCAGUGUACGACUCACUACUACGUGAAUUUUACUUCAAGUAUACGCGUCGCGGGAACACGUUUGACGAGUCUUCUCGCAAGGUCGCAAUGAAGACGCUGUACGCACGUCGUGCUAUCUUCGAGCAAGUCUUCAAGGACCGCGAAGCACUGGAAACAGAAGCAGACACAGCACUAUGUAGUGGCUCGGAUCGAGAUGCCGCGAGCUUCAGAUAUUGGUGCUCACGAUCGAACUUGUCGUGUUCUCCGUUGAUGUUUUCUCAGCAUGCGAUGCAAGUGCUGACGACUAGUCGAGACAAGGAUUCCAAGGCUGCAGCCGAGCAAUCCAUUCGAGAUGCGCUCAUGAUCACCGCUGACCCGUGUCUGUUUCUGCUCCGCUCGGUGGUCUCGCUACGUUUCUUGGACUUGACGUUCCGAACACUCGGCAAGUUGGCUAAGCAGCUAUUAGUGGUGGUGACGGACGAGCUGUCGAUGGAGGAACGACACGCUGAGUACUGCGUGAGCCAAUUGUCGCUCUUGUCCGUGCAUAUUGUGAAGGAGUUGGAUGACGUCGUGUACCUGCAUCGGUCGCAUCGCGCAGACCUGCUGGCGUUUUGUCAAGACGCUCUAGAAACGGACAGCGUUGAUAAGACCAUGGGCUUCUUGAUGCGUCGACCUGAACUGUAUGACGUAGAGACGGCGGCGUAUCUGGGACCGAAGUUCGCUGAGAUGUUCGUGUUUGGCGGCGUGAGCAACGUCCUCAUGUUCUUCAAAUCAGAAAUGGACAAUUUGCUGGAAAUACGUCGCCAAUUUGUACGAGAAGUGAUCGAGCUGGAGAAUGCUGCAGCUGAAGAGGAAGAUGACGAGUCCAGCAGCUUUAGAUGUACGUACAAGGCUAUCAGGGAGUUCAAGUUGGAGCACGAGGCUGAAUUCAUGCCGUACAUGAUGCAGGCGCGUGCUGCGAUGCCCAGACCGGUGUACGCAGACGCGUCUGCGACUCCUGCUGACGAUACAGCGUAUCUGAAGAUCCCGAUUGCUCAAGAUCACAUUGUGGUGGUAGACAGUGAUGAGGCCUUGUCAGUAGCCACCGAUCUGUUGAUGCGAGACUGCGUGACUCGACUAGGACUGGAUGCAGAGUGGCGUCCUGACAGCAGAGCUACAGUACCGUCCAAGUGCUCGAUCUUACAGGUCGCUUGUGACGACUAUGUCUUUAUUUUUGACUUCAUGGAGAUGGCAAUCGGCGACUUGGAAGAGCUUUUCGAGCACCUGUUCACCUCGGACACUAUUGUCAAGAUCGGAUUUGCUAUUAACGGUGACAUCAAGCGACUACGCUGGUCGUUCCCGGAAGUCAAGUGCUUUGAUACGUUCGUCAACGUGCUCGACUUCUCGUUCGACACGUUCGUGGCAACGACGCAUCUGGCCGACGGGACUAUUAUCCCAACGCAGAGCGACGAUACCUCAUCAUUGGACAAGCUUCAGCGUCGCCGUCGUAGACAAAAGGGGCUCAGCACCUAUAUCAAGCAGGCCCUCGAGCUCCCUCUUUCGAAGUUGCAACAGAAAAGCGACUGGGAGCGACGUCCGCUGACAACGCAGCAAGUGGGAUAUGCCGCAUUGGACGCAUACUGCUUGUUAAUGCUUCAAGACGCUGUUGCCAGCAAGUAG